AUGGUCAAAUCUAAUCGUUUGAAAUCGAUUUUACGUAAUUUCCUCAACGACUUCGAGAGACUUGAGUGCAGACAUCGACUGAGUGAUGACACCAACGAUGAGUGCAUCGAUGAGUACCGCAAAGAGUUUCAAACACUCAAAGACCUGACCGAAUCGCUGAAGACUGAUCCCAACUGCGGAUCAGUUGAGGGCGAGAAUGACGUGAAUCGACGCAAAAACAGAUACAAAGAUAUUCUUCCGUAUGAUCACAGCCGUGUCAUUCUGGAGGAAUACCCGGGUGUUCCCGGAUCUGACUAUAUGAACGCCAAUUACGUGAAGGGCUCGUCGGGCUGUGCGCGCACUUACAUCGCCAGUCAGGGACCGCUUCCCAACACUUUGGUUGACUUCUGGAGAAUGAUUUGGGAGUCCGAUGUGACCGUCAUUGUGAUGGCCUGUAAUGAGAGGGAGUCCGGCAAAUACAAGUGCGAGUCCUACUGGCCUCAGGACAACGAUGACCCCCAACAGUACGGCAACAUCACUGUGCAAUUAGUGAAGUGGCGUCAGGUGUGCCCCGACUUUCUGGUCCGCACUCUCAAAGUGAAAGCCGACUCCAUAGAGCGCACGGUCUGUCAGUUCCACUACCAGACGUGGCCCGACCACGGAGUGCCCAACUCUGUGCACCCGAUCCUCGAGUUGGUGCGACUCAUGCUUAUGGUCAAAUCAAAUCGUUUGAAAUCCAUUUUACGUCAUUUCCUCAACGACUUCGAGAGACUUGAGUGCAGACAUCGACUGAGUGAUGACACCAAUGAUGAGUGCAUCGAUGAGUACCGCAAAGAGUUUCAAACACUCAAAGACCUGACGGAAUCGCUGAAGACUGAUCCCAACUGCGGAUCAGUUGAGGGCGAGAAUGACGUGAAUCGACGCAAAAACAGAUACAAAGAUAUUCUUCCGUAUGAUCACAGCCGUGUCAUUCUGGAGGAAUACCCGGGUGUCCCCGGAUCUGACUAUAUGAACGCCAAUUACGUGAAGGGCUCGUCGGGCUGUGCGCGCACUUACAUCGCCAGUCAGGGACCGCUUCCCAACACUUUGGUUGACUUCUGGAGAAUGAUUUGGGAGUCCGAUGUGACCGUCAUUGUGAUGGCCUGUAAUGAGAGGGAGUCCGGCAAAUACAAGUGCGAGUCCUACUGGCCUCAGGACAACGAUGACCCCCAACAGUACGGCAACAUCACUGUGCAAUUAGUGAAGUGGCGUCAGGUGUGCCCCGACUUUCUGGUCCGCACUCUCAAAGUGAAAGCCGACUCCAUAGAGCGCACGGUCUGUCAGUUCCACUACCAGACGUGGCCCGACCACGGAGUGCCCAACUCUGUGCACCCGAUCCUCGAGUUGGUGCGACUCAUGCGUGACGUCCAGAUUUCAGAGACCCGUCCAAUACUGAUCCACUGCAGCGCCGGCUGCGGGCGAACCGGAACUCUAUGUAGUAUUGAUUACGUUUGGGCUCUUCUCAGGACCGGAAAACUUCGAGAAGAUUUCAGUCUGUAUUCCAUAAUACGAGAGAUGAGGAGACAGAGGAUAGCAAUGGUGCAGACAUUAGAGCAAUACAUGCUGUGCUAUAAGGCUGUGGCCACACUCUUUGAACAACAGCUCAAAAUGAUUGAUUCGCACACUUAUGAGAACAUCGAUGGCGAUGGAGAGCCUCUCAUGAGGCGCCAGUUGCUCAGGGAGUCUGCCGACCAACACAUAGCGAUCGCUACAAUCGCUCCGCAAACUGAUCACUCGCUUCCUCAGACCGAUAAUACAAAGAGUAAACAUAUCCCCGAAUCCAUACUGCCUUCCCUUCCCAACAGUCCGUCCAGUGUUGGCGAUGAAGUGCGACACGAGAGGCUUAUAGGAAAGGCAACUGUCAUACGGCGCCCAAGUAUUGCCAAACUUAAAGCUAUAUUCGAAAAUCAAAACGUGAUCUCAACAGAGGGUCCUAUAGUGAGGUCCCGUUCCACGAGUUCUUCACUGAAUAGAAGUCAAAGUAUCAAAGAAAGGAUCAGAAACACGAAAUCCAUGAUUGAAAGCAACGAUCAUGUGUUUAAUGGUAACCAAAGACAUGAAAUGUCGAUCGGUUUAGACGAGGGAUUGCGCGCUAAUCACUCGGACCUACAGUUCAGACAGGAUUCGUGUCUCAAAGAGACUACUUAUGGAGAAUGCAAUCCACAGAUCAAUGCAAUGAAUCGUUUAAACGAAAACUCUGCACAAAUGCUGCAAACAAAUCACUUCAACGGUUCAGUUAUGGAAUCGUUUGCCAUAUUAAGCGAACAAAAACUACUUGAAAAUCAUCAACAAUUGCAACAAGAGAUUCGUCAACACAUCCAACAAAAACAACUCCAAUCCGUGCCAUCAGUUCAGUCAUCGCAA